UUAGUCAAACACAAGGGAAUACACAAUAUAACUCUGCAAAUGUUGAUAUAUGGAAUGUUUUAUGAGACAUAUUGUUCUACCUUCUACUUAGCCUAUAUUUAAUUGUCAAAUGUAUUCUGAAGAAAUGCACCUUGUCCACGAACUGCUGAUACAUGUGUCAUCGAUAAUCAAUGUUAUAAUAACAACGGAUUCGAUAUGGCAACACCCUGCCGGUAUUGCAACACUGGCAAAACAGCUACGUCAUGGACAAUGAAGGACGACACCUGCUUUAUUUCGGAUGGUUGCUAUAGCGACAAGGCCGAUAAUCCAUCGAACGGUUGUCUGUAUUGUGACUCCAAAAACUCUACCAGCGACUGGCAGACUUAUACGAACAAAACAGAAUGCCAAUCUAAAGAAAAAGCCGGUGUAUCUGGAGGAAUCAUCGCGGCCGCUGUGAUCGUCCCCAUUCUGGUGUUGGUGGGAGGUAUCGCCACUGGAAUCUUCAUCUACAAGAAAAUGCAGACGAAAAAGAUAAUGGAUGCAAGGAUGAAUGGCAGUUUGUACGACGAAACACCAAAGAACGGUCGUUUUCGAACACGCGUCACGCCCACACCCUAUGAUCCGGUGAUUCCCGCAACGCCCUACAACCUCCCGAAAGAUGAAGUUAACCCGGACAAACUGAACAGUAGCCCGGACAAUCUGUACUCCGACGACCAGACAACCCUGUUGAAUCUGACGCCUAUCGCGGCCCCUAAAAUGCCGACGGUGCCUACCAUUGGAGCCACUUUCCCGGCGCAACAAAUGUCCAGCGCCGGCCGCUCCAACAUUAUGUUGAGCCUUGCCGACGAAACCAAAGAAUGAAAAAGAUGGAGAUAUUUCACGAAGCCGGAGACCAAAGCUAAAACUGUGAUGACACAACCAAAUUUGACUGAACAAUGUAUUAAAGUUUUAUUAUUUUGUUUUCAGUAUAUAUGAUUGUUGUUACCCAUGUUGUAUUAUCCUUUUAAAAAUAAUUCUCCAUCGUUCGUUUUAACCUUUUUGCAGUAACUGAUUACUCAUUUUUUGUUGACUGUUUUUUAAUAAUAUAACUCUUAUCGCGUAAUACUGUAUAAAUUAACAGAUACUUGGUCACAAUUCGUAUGAUGACCUUUUUCAGACUAAUUCAAACGGUUCUUACGUAUAUCACCACUGCUGUAUAAUAUUAAUCUUAGUUCUUUUCAUUUUGUCACCCAUUUUGUGUCCCAGCGCCUUUGAAACAACCUAGCUUAAUGUAAUCACCUUUAUAUUCAACUUUUCUAUGCUUUAUAUGUUUCUCUAUCUUUCACCCUGAUAUGUUUACAGGCUGGUCCUGUACCUUAAUAAGUUUCGUUUUCGAGGCGUGAUGCUCCACAAUGGUUCUUGUUAAGGAAGAACAUUUUUACAUAAGUCGAUAAUGACAUAGUGAAACGAAAGUUUGUUUUGGAAACAAAAGUCGUUAAACACUUUAAUGACGUAGCUAAAAGUAGAAUAACUUUCGAAACGAAAGCCGAUGAAACAACUUUGGAAUACGAAAGACUAAUGUUAAACGAAUUCUAUUACGAAUAUAAACUUGGUAUGAGAAGUGAUAUACAUAAAAAAGGAAAGUCCAAUAACAUUUUUAUAAUAUAG